AUGGCCAAUAUUACAACCAAGGAAAUGUGGGAAAAGGUCAAGCGGUACUUCGGGGAUGGUCACGUUCCAGGGUCCGCUCCACUGGGAUUCGAUAUGCAUAUUUGCAAAAUAGAUGGACUAUCCACACCCUCCAAAGCCACUAGCACUGGCAUAAAUGGGAGCGUAUAUGGUGUGGAAAUUAGUGAGCCUUCAAUGUCCUUAUUUUCCGUCUCUUCUCCACAUUGCAGCUGCUUCGAUGUGGCUACUGUUAUUAAGCACAUCGAAGAGUAUCUUACGACGGCGCCUGACAACCAUCCAAACGACUUCACAAUUACCAGCUGGAAAAAUGACAUCGACGUGGAGGACGCCAACCUGUAUGCCAUGCGCGACGCCGUCUGUUGGUGGACUCACUGGACCGGUACGCUACGACCAGAGAACUACUGGAAACAGAUGUACGCCGCCUUUUCUACCAUUCUAGAUGAUGUUCAGAUCCCUCCCACCUCCAUAGCGGAUGGUUCGUACAGAUGUUUGGGCCACACAUGGGCCGACUGCAAGCAAGGACUGAUUGACGAGGGAGUCCCUCCGACAUGGGUUGAACUUGCGGAAAUGUGCCUCUGGCGUGAGGCGCUACUACAGUACUUUGAGAAGAUCGACCAGGUGUACUGCUUGCUAAAGGCCAAAACCACCCUUAUGACGCAGUAUCGCACCCUCACCGGUUAUGGUAUUAGCGAGUGA